GGCCCGGAUUGAGGACGUUCCCCCUGCCGGGGUCCGGAGACUCUAUGGUGGCGGGGAGGACCCGGGCUGGGCGGCUGCAGGCAGGACCAUGGCCCUGAAGGCCGAGCCCGCGCCGCUGGACUGCAUCCAGGUGACGCUCAAGUGCGAGGACGUGGAGGAGGUGCGAGUGGAGGACGACGGGGACGAGGCCCGGGGGCCCCGGGCCCAGACCCCUCCGGGCCGCUGGCCCCCGCCGGCCCGCCGCCGCCGCGCCCCGCCGCCCGCCGGGCCCCCGCCCGAGCCCGCCAUCCCCAUCCCCGCGGCGCUGCGGGAGCCGGUACUCAGAGGUGAGGCCGCCGGGGAGCGGGGAGGGGAGGGGGGCCCCGCCCGGGGGAUGCCCGGCCCGGGCCUGAGCCCCGGCAGGGAGAAGAGCCGGGGAGGGGGCUGCCCGGAAGCAGGGGGAGGGGCUGAGCCCUCCCUGGGGUGGGGGCCGCACCGCCCCCCAUCACCCGCCGCCCUUCGCCGUGAUCGGAGCGGGCUGAGCCCUCCCCAGAGCGGUGGAGAUGGGCAUCCCUGCAGAGGCUCCUGGUGCCCAGGUGCCCUGCCUUUGGUCUGUGAUAAAGUAGGACUCUUUUGGCAGAGGGCAUCCCUGGCUCCUGCCUCAGCGUGGGCCAGCCAGGCUCCGUCUCCUGGAGGGCCGCAGAGGGUGGGCCACCCGAGGUGGCCGAACAUCAGUGAGCUGAGCCCCAGUUCUGGGGGGACAUUGCCUUGGAAAAUGGGCCUUCUGGGAGGGCAGGGUCUGCUCCCUGGUCCUCGUUUCUGCCACGGUGCCCAGCCAACUCUCUUCUCUCCCUUGUCUGUUACGCCCCUCUGCCCUUCCGUAGUGGGACAACCUGAGAACACCCCCCUCCCUGGGCAGUGCCAGCCUGAGACCAGUGCCGCUGUUACCGAGGAAGCCGAGCCACUGCAGUCCUGGGAGCAAGAGUACUUGGUGGGGAACAGCCCUGGGGGCAGCGGUCGGGCCCUGUGCAUGGUGUGUGGCCAGGAGCUCCCCACCCCUUCUGCCCGAAGUGCCCGGAGGCACAUCCUCCGCCAGCAUCCCCACACCCUGGGCCUGAGCCCCGGGGAGAAAAGCAACAUCCUUGAGGCCUGGAGUGAGGGUGUGGCCUUGCUAGACUCCCUGGAGUCUCCAUCGCCCCCUAACACUGACCCUCCUGAGACACCAGCUGAGAUUGUGGUGCUUCUGGACUCUGAGGAAAAGCCUGAAUCACAGUCAACUCGGAACCGGCCCCGGGGACUCCGGCCCCUACAACCUCCAGCUCCCCCAGCCAUCGAUGGAGGGACCAAAAAGCUGAGGAACCAGAGAUGUAAGGAGCUUUCUGGGGAAGCCCCUCCCAAGAAGAAGAAGGGGAGGGGCCGAACUUCCACCAGGGCAAAGGCCAUGGCCAGGUCCUCAGUCCCAAGCCCAGCGUUCCUCCCCCUCCCACACGUCACCUUAGAGCCCUUCUCGGCCCCCACUGAAGUCCGACACUUCACAGAUGGCAGCUUCCCACCAGGCUUCGUCCUCCAGCUCUUCUCUCAUAGCCAGCUGAAAGCCUCACAGGAAAGGGCCUCAUCAAAGGAAGGAGAGCCGGCCGAGGGGAGCCCCAAGCGGCCUCCAAGUCCCUCCCCAGCUCCCUCUGCGGGGCUCCGAGGGACACUGGACCUGCAGGUGAUCCGUGUGCGCCUGGAGGAGCCCCCCACAGUCAGCCUGCUUCAGGAUUGGUCCAAGCUGCCCCAGGGACCCCGGGCGGCAGUGGGGGCCGGUGACCCCCCAGGUUGGCAGGCCGUGCUGGCGGAGUCUGGUGUGGCCGCUCAGGAACAGCCAGAGGCCGGGAAUGGGGUGUGAGGGCUGCUGCGGGGGAGGGGGACCUCACUGCACCUCCCCAACCCCCCUUCCCCUGCAGACCAGCCCAUCUGUCGAUGGAGCCAAGCACUUGAGCAGGGGGGAGAGUCCGCUUCUGCUCCCACUGGACGCUGCUAAGGGUCUGGGGUCCGGGUCACCACUGGGCUGCCGGGCCGCUGCCGUCCUUGCACUAGGGUUCAGUGUUGAUGGAGACCCACUGUGUUUGCCCUUCCUCGUUCCUGCUUCACCGCUUCCUGCCGGCACAGUGCCUUACAUAGGAGGUGGUCACAAGGGGGGACCCACUGGAGCCCUCUACUACCUCGGGGGAGUCUCCUCUCCCCCCACCUCCUCCUGGCCCUCCUCAUAGGAGUUCCGUCACCUCUUUCCCCUCCCCCCCGCAGCAGAGCAGGGGGAGCCCUGGGGUGGGGAGGGGAACGUAGCUCUGGAUACUCCAAGCUCUGCCCGCUUUUCACCCUGCCUACCAGCCCCCGCCUCUCCCAGUUCUUUCCCUUUGUACAUACCCCUUUGUUGACAAUAAAUUAUUAUUUUUUAUGAA